AUGGCAACUGAACCGUCGGUUAUGGCUGAAACUAAAGAAACAUCCGUUAUCGCGGAAAUAUCUACGGACGUACAAAUAAAUGCAUCAUCUAAAUCCAUAUUCGACAAAUAUGCAAGAAAAGACGCACAAACAGGAGAACUUUACAUGGGCGAAGAGGAAUUCAUAAAUGCCAUCGCACCAAUCGGUGAAGAUUAUUUAAAGAUUAAGCGUGAGCAAUUUGCUAUCUUAUUCCGGGUCGCAGAUAGGAAGGACUCAGGCAAAAUUAAUCUCGCAGACUGGGGUAGAUUCGAAAACCUUCUUUCGAAACCUGACGCAGAGUACGAGAUAGCAUUCCGGUUAUUCGAUGUGCAUCAGAAAGGCACCGUGAAGUAUGAUGACCUCAUGAAAUUGUACAACUUGAAUAAGGGACCCGACAGUAUACCUUUUGACUGGAACUGCGAAUGGGCAAAGCUUUACAGCGGUGGAAAGAAACGACGCCAUGAGCUAACCUAUCCCCAGUUCUGCCAAAUGCUGAGAGGCUUACAAGGAGAGAGAGUUCGACAAGCAUUCCAAUACUUCGAUAAGGAUGGCGACGGGUUUAUUGAGCCGGAAGACUUUCAGCGUAUCAUCUUGCAAUCAUACAAACAUAAACUUUCUAAUCAUCUUUUGGAAAAUCUUCACACGCUAUGCAAUAUCGGAACAGGUAGUAAAAUCUCAUAUUCCAACGUCAGGGCUUUUCAGAACAUCAUUCGGGAAAUGGAUUUAGUAGAGAUGAUCAUACGAACAGCAAUUGCGCACAGUGACGAUGGAAAAAUUACAAGAGCAGAAUUCCUCAAUCACGCUGCGCACAUAACUCGGUUCUCUCUGUUCACUCCGAUGGAGGCGGAUAUUCUGUUCCACUUUGCUAGUCUUGACGAGCCCACUGGGCGGCUCGGUCUCGGCGAUUUCGCAAAGGUAAUUGACCCCUCCUGGAGAAGCUUACAGAACGUGCUCGGCGAUGUUGUAGAAAGUGCUGAAGCAAAAUCAAGAGCAACCACCAAUAAUAUUUUUCAAAGCCUUCUUCAAUCAAUACACCAUUUUUCAUUGGGAUCCAUAGCUGGCGCAUUUGGCGCCUUUGUAGUGUAUCCUAUCGAUCUUGUAAAAACUCGAAUGCAGAAUCAGCGGUCCUCAAGAGUGGGACAAAUGCUUUACAUUAACUCAUUAGAUUGCGCAAAAAAAGUUGUGGCAAACGAGGGCUUUAAGGGUCUAUACUCUGGAAUUCUUCCUCAGUUGGUUGGUGUUGCGCCUGAAAAGGCUAUCAAGCUGACCAUUAAUGAUCUUGUUCGAUCAUUAUUUUCUGAAAAAGAUAGAAGCAUACGGCUUCACCACGAAAUCAUUGCUGGUGCCUCUGCAGGCUCUUGUCAAGUGAUAUUCACGAACCCUCUUGAAAUUGUCAAAAUCCGGCUUCAAGUACAAGGAGAAGUGGCUAAAACCCUCGAGAGUGCACCACGCCGAUCGGCAAUGUGGAUUGUCCGCAAUCUAGGCCUCGUGGGUCUAUAUAAAGGUGCUUCUGCGUGUCUUUUACGCGAUGUUCCCUUCUCCGCCAUCUACUUUCCUACGUACUCCCAUCUCAAGCGAGACUACUUUGGCGAGUCGCCCACAAAGCCACUUGGCAUAUUUAAGCUGUUAACUGCAGGUGCGAUUGCUGGAAUGCCAGCUGCAUAUCUUACCACACCUUGUGAUGUAAUCAAAACUCGUCUCCAAGUUGAAGCUCGGAAAGGCGAGGCAACUUAUACAUCUUUACGUCAUUGUGCCCGAACUAUAUUUCAGGAGGAAGGAAUCAAGGCCUUCUUCAAGGGCGGACCAGCUCGUAUUUUGCGGUCAUCACCUCAGUUCGGCUUCACCCUAGCUGCUUACGAAUUUCUCCAGGGUCUGCUCCCUAUGCCCGGUGUGGAAAAGGACAUAUCACAUAUGGUUACUGAUGAAUCUGGACUCAAUUCACGUACAGCAUCUUUGGGUUAUCUACGUAGCCGCAACGCUUUGAAGAUAAUACUUGAUAUGGACGAAGGGUUUGGUCGGACACGUAUACCAGGAAAAGAGGCAUGGCUGGGUUUGCCUAAGAUUGUUGGUGGUGGCAGUUCUACGCCUAUCCAAACUCCAAAAAACUGA